AUGGGUUGCUGCUUUACAAAAAAGAAGAGCCAACUAAAACCUCAAGUUUAUGAAUACAUAAAAAAAAAUGAUCCAAAUGAGAAACCAUAAGAACUUGGAUAAUCAUCUAUUCAAGAUAUGGAAGUUAUAAUAAUUGGUAAUCCAGAAGAAGAAGAGAUAGAGAGACAUUCACUCAAAUCAGAUUAAGAGUAUAAUAAUUAAAAUAUUAUUUUAAAGUAUUCAUAAUUGGGAAUAAGGAGAAGUACUUGGAUAAGGUGCUUUUGGAAAAGUAUUUAUGGGACUCUAGAAGAAUGGAUAAAUAAUGGCAGUGAAAUAAGUAUUCAUAUAGAAUUAAAAUGAUGAUGUAUUGUAUAUAAAUAGUGUAGAGAGUAAAGUAAUUAUAAAAAGAAAUUGAAAUGUUGAGUAAAUUAUAACAUCCAAACAUAGUACGUUACUUAGGAUGUGAAUAGAAAAAUCAAUUCAUAAAUAUAUUCUUGGAGUAUGUAAGUGGAGGUUCAGUUUAAACUUUGUUAGAAAGAUUUGGAUGUUUUAGAGAAAGACUAAUUAAAACAUAUUUGAAAUAAAUAUUGUUAGGAUUAAGUUAUUUACAUGGAAAGAAUGUUAUUCAUAGAGAUAUAAAAGGAGGAAAUAUUUUAAUUGAUAAUUCUGGUCGAUGUAAGUUAGCAGGUAUUUAAAUAUAUAAUGCUAGAUUUUGGAAGUAGUAAAUAAUUGAGUGAUAUAACUCAUGAUAGUUUAGGAUCUAUAUGUGGAACUCCCAAUUUUAUGGCUCCAGAAGUAAUUAAUUAAGAAUAGUAUGGAAAGAAGGCAGAUAUUUGGAGUCUUGGUUGUACAAUAAUAGAAAUGGCAACAGGAUAACCACCUUAUUCUGAAUAUAAAGAUGCAAUAGCUAUAAUGGUUAAAAUAGGCAAAUCUACUUAGCCUCCUGAAAUUCCAGAGUAAUUACAAUCUUUUGAAGCUAGAGAUUUCUUAUCAAAAUGUUUGUAGAUUGAUCCUAAAAAAAGAUCUACAGCAGAUGAAUUAUUGAAACAUCCAUUUUUAGAUGAACCUAAAUAAAAUUAAUUAUUUAAAAAGACUUAGUCAUAUACAUUUAAUUAGAGACAAGUUUAAAAAUAAAAUUCUAAAAUAAAGACAUCAUUUUUAUUGGAUGAUGUUAAUUAAGAUUAAUAAAUGGAACCUGUAUCACCUUAAUUUUAGGGAUAAUAAGGUAUAACAGAAACAAACUAGAUUAAAGUUAAGAAAAAGAAAAAAAAACCUUAAUAUUAAUUAGUCAUUGAACCUGAAUAGAAUGAUUGUAUUCUUACAGGAUAAGAAACAAAUUUGGCUGAAAAUCGAAACAAAUUUUAAUUUGCAGAAUAUAACAAUAUGAAUUUAAAAGAAACUUAUAUUAAGCCAUUUAAUAAAGAAAAUUAAGAUAAUCUGUAAAGAGAGUUAGAACUAAUAUUGGAGCAGUACAUAAAUUGA